AUCGUUUCCAAUGCAGUGAAAAUGGGUCUCGUAGCGCGUGCCGGGUUAGUUCUGCUAGGCAUAAUUAUCGCACUCGGCUACCAACUCUACCAACAACUCUCCGUAACGCCACGUGUACCGAGUAAUAUAGAGUUUUACGAAUACUGGGGCCCGGAGGGUGGUGAUCCUUAUGGGGACAGUUUGGAGAUAGUGCCGUUUAAUAUAUCCUAUCCACCGGAAGUGAUCGAACGAUUGCGGCAACAGCUUAACGAUGGUCCAAAGCUAACCCCGCCACUCGAAGAUACCGCCUUUCAGUACGGAUUCAACAGUGAUCGUUUGCAGGAAAUUGUGGAGUACUGGCGAACGGAUUAUUUGGACCGGUGGGACGAACGGGAAGCUUAUUUGAAUCGUUUUACACAUUUCAAGACCCAAAUCCAGGGAUUGGAAAUUCACUUCCUGCGUGACAAAUCGAAGACGGUGAUCAACCCGAAGCGAAUCGUGCCGCUGCUGAUGCUGCAUGGCUGGCCUGGUUCUGUGCGGGAGUUCUACGAUAUUAUUCCUAAGCUGAGCAAUCGGACAAGUGAUAAGGAAUAUGUGUUUGAUGUGAUCGUACCGAGUUUGCCCGGGUACGGGUGGUCCCAGGGUUCAGCAAGGCCGGGUCUGAGUGUGUCCAAAGUGGCGGUUGUUAUGAAAAAUUUAAUGGCACGAUUGGGAUACAGGAGGUUUUACAUUCAGGGCGGAGAUUGGGGUGCCAUUAUUGGCAAUUUGAUGGCCAUUUUGUUCGAGAAGGAUAUUUUGGGUGUCCAUCUCAAUAUGUGCAUGGGUAGUGGAAGUCCUCUCACCAUAGGCAAAAUGCUCGUCUCAAGUCUGGUGCCGAGCUACUUUAUUGAGAAGCAGUACAUCGAUUUCUAUCAUCCCACAUGGCCAAAAAUUGUUGAACUAAUUCUGGAGGGUGGCUACAUGCAUCUGCAGGCCACCAAACCAGAUACCAUCGGUACAGCUCUUCAAAGCAACCCGAUAGGUUUGGCGGCAUAUAUUCUCGAAAAGUUUUCCACGUGGACUAACCCCUCCAAUCGGGAUCUAAAGAAUGGCGGUCUGGAACAACAUUAUUCGCUUGACGCUUUACUAGACAAUGUGAUGAUCUACUACCUUACAAAUAGCAUUACAACUUCGCAAAGGUUGUACGCGGAAUCGUUUAGUGCAGCGGAACUGGCAAAACAGUAUGAAAACAUUCCUACCAAUGUACCGGCCGCAUGUGCCAAAUUCCGUCAUGAACUGUUCCAAUACCCAGACUGGAUACUGAAGGAACAUUUUACGAAUUUAAUGCAGAGCAAUCACUACAACGAUGGGGGCCAUUUUGCGGCGAUGCAGUUCCCGGAUGUACUGUACAAAGAUAUCGUUCAAUUUGUGAAUCGACUCUAUCGACGUGUUGAAGAGUAA